AUGGCAACCCAACCCCCCAGCAGGCUGAUGGCCCUGCUGCACAUCCGCACAAUUGCAUCAUCCAUCUUGCACUUCCUCCCACGCAGCUCGCUCAAAAAUCUCCGCCUGGCCAGCAAAGCCCUGGACGAGCUGGUCCUUCUGGAAUCAUACCUCUUCAGUCGCGUUUACUUGUCCUCCACGUAUUGCGACAUCCACAAACUCCAACAAACCGCCAACCACCCUCGCAUCGCCCGCUGCGUAACCACGUUAGUCUGGGACGUCUGCACCGGUCCAUACCUUAGCAUGGCUAUCCACCUUUCGUCCCAAAGAGCGCCCGAACUUGUCCGUGAAGCCAUGGAAUUCAGAGGGGCCGAGUAUACCAAGAUUAGCGACGCCGGGCUGGACUUCCGUGUACUCAUGGCGGUAAUCCCUCGACUGCCUCGCUUGCGCGCCGUCGUGUUUACAAAUCUGAUGGGCCGCUGGGCCAGGCUGAGGCACAGCCCGGAUUCGGCGGCAGCAUCGGACACGUGCCUCGCGCCCUCGCGGAUGCAUCUGCCAUUCUACGAGUCCCCCGCCAUGAGGGCGUGGAAUGCCCUUCGCGCGCAUCGCCUCCAGGACUUUUACAAUCAAUGGCCUGCAGGCCGUGAUGUACCGGAGCCCAGUCUGGAACUCGCCCCUCGGCUCGGGACAAUUGCGGAUGGGAUUCAACGUGGGCAGGCCGAGACGGAGGAUAAUCAUCCCGGGAACUUCUUAUCGCGCUUAGGAAACAAGUUCCACCAAGGUCCGCUCCUCUGUCUACUUGCAUUCGAGGCGCAUGGUCGGAAACUGCAGAGCCUCUGCGUCGAGGCAUUGCCCGAGCGUGCCCGGAACAGUGUCUCGGCGUUUGAGUUCCGAGGAUUCGAUCUCCGCCCCUUUGUCAACUCCGAUCCGGGACUCGCGGGGCUAUCUACCAUGGUCCGCCCCCUGCGCAAGCUGGCGCUGUGCCUGGAUAAUUCAACAGAGUGCAGAACGAGUUGGGACUGGAGGCGCGCCAUCAGCAGCCUUCUGCGCGAGGCCGAGUACCUCCACAGACUGGAGCUCCGCCUGUUCCGCCGCGAUACCCUAGGAGAAGACCUUGUUCUCCCAACGACAUCUAACCUCGAGGUUUUGGUGCUGGAAUCCUUCGUCGUGGCGAGCACGGAGUUGGAGGGCAGUCUCCUCCCCUGGGCCGUUCGGGUCGGACUGCGCACCCUGCAACUCAUCGAGUGUCCAUUUGUCAUUCCGGACGGGAUGCACGAGAUGGAUCUCAUCCGCUCGCUGGCGGAUAGGGAUAUCAGCAUGGAUAAACAGGACUCCUUUCCACCUUCUUAUCACGAUCCCCAAGGGGCAGCCCGUGACCUGCUGUGCGCCGCCGAUGCAGAGUCCACCGUGAGCGACACUUCGAGCAUCGACGACCCCUGGCUCGCAGCGUGCGAACACCCCAAAUUACCCCGCGAAGACCCAGACGCAUCGCGAAUCCGAUUCAUGGAUCUCGACUUCGAGUCCCACGCCGCUUCCAACCCCGGCGAUUCCGACGCCUCGGAUACCGACUCCACCUACUUCCCCUACACGGACGAGCUCUGGUCUCGCCAGAUGGACGCCCCGUUUCUAAACGUCGACCUUGACGAGCCCGGGUGGAAGGAGGAGAUGGCCAACUUGUACUACGAGAUGUACCAUGAGGAUAUCAUCCGGCGGUAUGACGGUGAUUAUGAUGAGGAUACCCCGGACCUCGAGGAGGAGUAUCCGAUGCGGCCUUUGCGGGCUGCUAUGGCGCGUGUCUUGCCGUCUGCUGGGGGUGAAUCGUUUCUGUUCCUUUUGGAUGGUGGUAGGGGUCUGGACUUGAGUGAGGAGAGGAGGGGGCUUUGGCUGAGGAUUGAUUGUUUUUCUGUGCAGGAUGGGAGUUAA